UUCCGGGGGGUUAUGGGAGGACUUUGGUGUCCGGGAUGGAGGUCGGUGGCUCUGUGCGGCCGGUGCUGGAGCCAGCCCGGGUGGGCGGGCUGGGCUGUGGCGAGAUCGGAGCCGGUUCUUAGGCCCGGCUGGAAGGGGCUCGGAGGUGCCGGGCGGGGCCUGAGGACAUGGGAGCGUCCGAGCGGGGUCCGCGGUCCCGCCGCGCAGCCGCCCCGGCGGCCGAGGAGCAGCAACCCGUACCAGCGCGCGCAGGAGGACGAGUGGCGGCGUCGCAACAAGACGGUGCUCACCUACGUGGCCGCGGCCGCCGUGGGCAUGCUGGGGGCCUCCUAUGCCGCCGUGCCCCUCUAUCGGCUCUACUGCCAGACUACUGGACUUGGAGGAUCCGCAGUGGCCGGGCACUCAUCCGACCAGAUUGAAAACAUGGUGCCCGUUAAGGAUCGAAUCAUUAAGGUCACCUUCAAUGCCGACGUGCAUGCCAGUCUCCAGUGGAACUUCAGACCUCAGCAAACAGAGAUAUAUGUGGUACCAGGAGAGACUGCACUGGCGUUUUAUAAAGCUAAGAAUCCUACUGACAAACCAGUAAUUGGAAUUUCUACAUAUAAUGUUGUACCAUUUGAAGCUGGACAGUAUUUCAAUAAAAUACAGUGCUUCUGCUUUGAAGAGCAAAGGCUUAACCCACAAGAAGAAGUAGACAUGCCAGUGUUUUUCUAUAUUGACCCUGAAUUUGCAGAAGAUCCAAGAAUGGUGAAUGUCGAUCUCAUCACUCUAUCUUACACCUUUUUUGAAGCAAAGGAAGGCCACCAGUUGCCAGUUCCAGGCUAUAAUUGAAGUAGAUUCCAAUGCCUGCUUCAGAUUUGUGAUUUUUGGAAAAUCAUGUAUUGUGCUUUCUCAGAAGAGAAAUAUUCUACACUAAUGUAUAUUGAAACCUUGUAUUUUAAAUGAU